CUCCUCCCACUCCUCUAGUCCUCUCCCCUGCCUGCCACCCCUUUUGACUCCUCGCCCUCACUCUCCUCCACCUCGCUGCCAAGCAAUCACUCCCACUAGCUUUCCCCACCGCCGCCUGGCUGCCUCCCCUGGUCCGCUCCUGUUCUCGAUCUCUCCCCGUUCCUCCUCCUGACCGAGCCGCCGGGCGUGGACACAAAGGCGGCGGCGGCGGCGGCGCUGCGGGUGGUGGACGGCUAAAUGGGGACGGGGGGCUCGCGGGCGCCGGCCCUGGCGCUCGCCUUGCUUCUCGCCUGCGCCCACGUCACCCUCGUCGCGGCGCAGGACACCGAGCGCAUCGAAGGAAGUGCUGGUGAUGUGCUAGAAGAUGAUCCUGUCGGGAGGCUCAAGGUGUAUGUGUAUGAGUUGCCCACCAAGUACAACAAAAAGAUGGUGGCCAAGGAUUCUAGAUGCCUCAGCCACAUGUUUGCUGCAGAGAUCUUCAUGCACCGGUUCCUAUUGUCUAGUGCAAUCCGGACUUUAAAUCCAGAAGAAGCUGAUUGGUUCUAUACUCCAGUAUACACAACAUGUGACCUUACCCCAUGGGGUCACCCCUUGCCCUUCAAGUCUCCAAGGAUAAUGAGAAGCGCAAUUCAGUUCAUUUCCAAGCGCUGGCCAUACUGGAACAGGACAGAGGGAGCAGAUCAUUUCUUUGUUGUCCCACAUGACUUUGGUGCAUGCUUCCAUUACCAGGAAGAGAAGGCUAUUGAGCGAGGAGUCCUUCCAUUGCUUUCCCGUGCAACACUGGUCCAGACUUUUGGGCAGAAAGAUCAUGUAUGCCUAAAGGAAGGCUCCAUCACCAUCCCACCAUAUGCUCCCCCGCAGAAGAUGAAAACUCACCUUGUUCCCCCAGAGACCCCUCGUUCAAUCUUUGUCUAUUUCCGUGGUUUAUUCUAUGAUACUGCAAAUGAUCCUGAGGGUGGUUACUAUGCAAGGGGUGCCCGUGCAUCAGUCUGGGAGAACUUCAAGAACAACCCGCUGUUCGACAUCUCGACAGACCACCCACCAACUUACUAUGAGGACAUGCAGCGAGCCGUCUUCUGCUUGUGCCCACUGGGCUGGGCCCCAUGGAGCCCCCGUUUGGUGGAGGCGGUGGUCUUUGGCUGCAUCCCCGUGAUCAUCGCUGAUGACAUUGUCCUUCCCUUUGCGGACGCCAUCCCAUGGGAGGAGAUUGGUGUCUUUGUGGCUGAGGACGAUGUCCCCAAGCUGGACACCAUCCUGACCUCCAUACCGAUGGAAGUGAUCCUCCGGAAGCAGAGGCUGCUCGCGAACCCAUCGAUGAAGCAGGCCAUGCUGUUCCCGCAGCCCGCCCAGCCCGGUGACGCCUUCCACCAGAUCCUGAACGGGCUGGCGCGGAAGCUGCCGCACGGCAAGGACGUGUUCCUGAAGCCCGGGCAGAAGGUGCUGAACUGGACCGAGGGCCCCCGAGGCGAUCUGAAGCCGUGGUAGGUAUAUAUAGUGGCAUGCCAGCAUCACCAUUGCUGGUGUUCUCGUGCAAACACCACAGCCAGUGAACCAGAAGUCCGGAAGAGAGGCUGAUCAACGAGGAUGGAUGACGCUGAUGAAGUGAACCAAGCCAUUAAAUCAUUGAAUGCGAAGCCCUUUCACUUCCUUCUCCCCUGCCGUGCUUCUCUUUGAGGCAAUGUGGCGUGCUUUCCCUGUAUGACAGCGCCUAUUUUAGCCUUUAUUUAGUGUUAGCCUAGAUGGUGGGAAAUGUAAUGUAUGGCCGGUGUAUCAUAUGCAUGAUAUUAUACAGUCGCAGGUUUACGAUGGGGAAAAUAACGCUAUCUCCAGCGAUAUCCUCUAAA